CAAAAAAAAAAAAAAAAAAGUUAAAAGGAUAACACAAAACCCCUCUUUCGUCUCCCCCAAAUCCACACUACUACCACACAGACAAAAUCACACCGAAAAUGGCGGUUUCUUCCGGCACAUUCUCCACCUUCCUCUGCAUCAAAACGCCGUCGUUCCGCAACGCAUCAACUCCUCCUUCGUCUCUCAGGCUCGCCUCUCUCCCAGCGGCUAAGCUACGCUUGGUCCGAGCAGUAACAUCUGCGACUGAGUCUUCGGAGCCAACCGCAACCAAUAAGAGAGUUCCACGCGGUAUCAUGAAGCCUCGACCAGUGACCCCUGAGAUGCAAGACAUCGUCGGUCUUCCUGAAAUCCCUCGCACACAAGCUCUCAAACGCAUUUGGGCUUACAUCAAAGAACACGACCUUCAAGACCCACAAAACAAGAGAGAAAUACUAUGUGACGAGAAGCUGAAGAAGAUAUUCGAAGGUAAAGAUCGGGUUGGGUUCCUUGAGAUUGCAAAGCUCAUCGGUCCUCACUUCCUCUGAUGGAAUGAUAGCCAGAAGUUGGAGAAGACUUUAGAUUAAGAUUAGUAAGUUAGGGUUUUUGGCUUUUUGCAAACAGAGUACUUGAGAAGGGUUUACUUGUCUUUUUUUUUUUUGGUGUGUGGCUUCAAUGGAUGUUAUGUACUUAUGUAGACCUUGCUUCCUAAUGUUGUUUGCGUUCUCGUUUCCAUUUCAGAUUCUAUGUCUUGGUUUU